CACCAACCCCGGCGAUUACUAUGGGAUGCAAGAGGAGGCGGUGCUUCCGGGAGUGGGCGAGGCUUUCUUGAAAGAGAAAAAAGUCCCCGGAUGCUGCUUAGCCGCUGAGACCGGCUCGGAACUUUCGAGAAAAGUCGAGGGUGUCUUCUCGGUGUGCCACAGAGAGGAAGAAAGAGAAAGAAAGAGAAAGAGAAGGGCGGCAGAGGCUAGAGUCCGCGGCUGUGGCGGAAGACGAGGGUCGCCUUCAAGCUCGCCGUUGUGUCGGUUGAAAGCGCGGGCGCGUGGUACUCAUUGCACCAUGGUGAAGGAGACCACAUAUUAUGAUGUGCUUGGAGUAAAACCCAAUGCUUCUCAAGAGGAACUGAAAAAAGCCUAUAGGAAACUCGCACUGAAAUAUCACCCUGAUAAGAAUCCUAAUGAAGGGGAGAAGUUUAAACAGAUUUCUCAAGCCUAUGAAGUCCUUUCUGACUCCAAGAAAAGAGAGUUGUAUGAUAAAGGUGGUGAGCAAGCCAUAAAGGAGGGUGGUACCGGAAGCAGUUUUGGAUCACCCAUGGAUAUCUUUGAUAUGUUCUUUGGAGGUGGUGGAAGAAUGCAACGAGAAAGGAGAGGUAAAAAUGUUGUUCAUCAGUUGUCAGUAACUCUAGAAGACUUGUACAAUGGAGCAACACGAAAACUGGCUCUACAGAAGAAUGUGAUUUGUGAUAAAUGUGAAGGCCGAGGUGGUAAAAAAGGUGCAGUGGAAUGCUGCCUUAAUUGCAGAGGGACAGGCAUGCAAAUAAGGAUUCACCAGAUAGGGCCUGGAAUGGUUCAGCAAAUCCAGUCUGUGUGUAUGGAAUGCCAGGGCCAUGGUGAGCGCAUCAGUCCCAAGGACAGGUGUAAAAGCUGCAAUGGAAGGAAGAUUGUUAGAGAGAAGAAAAUUCUUGAAGUCCACAUUGAUAAAGGAAUGAAAGAUGGCCAGAAGAUAACUUUUCAUGGUGAAGGUGACCAAGAGCCAGGGCUGGAGCCAGGAGAUAUAAUAAUAGUUUUGGAUCAAAAAGACCAUUCUGUGUUCACAAGACGAGGUGAAGACCUGGUCAUGUCUAUGGAUAUCCAACUAGUUGAAGCACUGUGUGGCUUUCAAAAACCAAUUGUGAUGCUCGAUAAUCGGACCAUAAUAAUUACUUCUCAUCCUGGGCAGAUUGUCAAACAUGGAGAUAUUAAAUGUGUAUUGAAUGAAGGAAUGCCAUUCUAUCGCAGACCGUAUGAAAAGGGUCGUCUCAUCGUUGAGUUUAAGGUGAUUUUUCCAGAUAGUGGUUUUCUCUCUUCUGAUAAGCUGUGUCUGUUGGAAAAACUGCUACCUCCAAGACAAGAAGUGGAAGAAACUGAAGAAAUGGAUCAGGUGGAGUUGGUGGACUUUGACCCAUCUCAGGAAAGACAGCAUCAUUACAAUGGGGAAGCCUAUGAAGAUGACGAGCACCAUCCCAGAGGUGGUGUCCAGUGCCAGACAUCUUAAAAUGGCUUCAUGAUUCUCCUUGUGCUGCUUGUCCUGUAUGUCAGUUGUGGAUGAAUGAAGGACUAAAGUUGCUAAACCCUCUCAAACUUGCCAUUGUCCCUGUAAUAUUUAAACAUAGCUGUUUUUAAAUCAAGUUAACAAAUAUAAAUCAGUAAAACUACACUUCAAUCAAGUUGGAAUGAUGUUCCAUAUGGCCUCCUAAGGAAUCCAGAAGCCAAUCUGCUCUGGCUUUUUUAUUUUGUGCAUUAUAUGUGUAUUGUGUGCAACUGCACUCGUUAGUAUUCAGUGAUUUCUGUUUAGUAUUAUAAAUUAUAUUAUCUCAAGUAUGCACAUGUAUUUAUGAUUCAUGUUAAAAUGUGAAAUUAAAAUUUUUGUAUUCAUCAGCUUCUAGAUACAUUGAUGUGUGUUGGAUGUACUGUGGCUGGCUGAGAUUUCACAAGACACCUGCAUGGCACUGUACCUUCUUCCCCUGAAAAAUUAAAAGCUCUGCCCAGUCUCACAAGCUUUAAUCCAAAAGCUGUGUAAAAUCCCUUUUAGCGUUCUAUAGGAUCCUAGUAGGGCUAGUUGUUAAAUGUUGAAAGUUCAAGCUGUAUAGGGUCCGUAUCAGAUGAAAACCUAAGAGGCAAUAUGCCUAGUACUAUAACUGUCUCCUGCCCCAAGAACAACUAUGAGACCAGAAACACUUGUACUUUAACUAACUGAAACUGGGUUUAAUUCUUGAAAAUAGAAAAUAUGUGACACUUCUUAAGAGACAGUUGUGCAACUAAAAACUGAUUGUUUUUAAAGAUAGAAAAUUGUAUGUCUAAUUUUAUUACGGAAAUCAUUACCAUUUGAAUUUAUUGCGUUAGUAGGUAUCAGUGAUCUUAAGAAUAUUCAGUUUCUUAGACUGCAGGAGUACUUGCAGGAAAUCCCUUGUUGAAACUGGGAAACUAAUUGAAUUAAUCACAAUAAUUUAAGAGUUUCUAGUUAGUUUCUUGAAAGGGCUACAUCCAUUUUCAGUCAUUUAUUCCAUAUUCAUGGAUAGUGUACCACAAGCUUGUACAGUAUUCCAGUUCAUAGGUAGCCCUCAUUAACCGCAGGAGGGCUUAAUGAUUCAAGUGCCUCUUCUGGGACUCAAAUGUACUUAAGGUGACACUUGAUCUUUUUCUAAGAAUUUCAUUGCUAAACAUUUGAUAGGCAAGUCCAACAUUAGUGCUUAGCUGUACACACAGACCAAGUAGGUUAACAAGUAUAGCAGUCUUAAUUCUUUAUGUAGUUCUAAUGCAGGUCUUGUACAUCUUGAGUUUUUAAUCUGCACUUUCUUCCUGGGGUUUGAUUUAGGUUGUAUAACAAUUUAUCAUUGUCCUUGUGAUAAGGAUGGGUUAGUGGAAUUGAGUAUGUGACUUAAUGCUUGCAUAUUGUAAUUUAAUCUUAAGUUUCAACCCAGGGGGAAAAUAAAUAUUGUCAUAACAGUU